CCUUCUGGAAGUGUUUUCUAUAGGAGCUGCUUGUCGCUGGGGAUGGGUGGCGUAGCCCAGCAGCUCAUCACCCAGCAGAGUGAGGCUCUCUUCAGGCUCCAGCUCAGCGCUAAAAAAAUGUGGAGCUUUUGGAUCCUGCUCUGCGCUGCCCUUUUUACAGAGUCCUUUGCCUCUAGGACUGAUUAUUUGGAGCUGCUGUUUGGGAAUCAGUUGACUAUCAAGCUGCCAACUAGUUGGUCAGACUCUAUGGAUUUCACAUCUGCGGAUGAAUCCAGGCAUUACACUGUCUGGUCCAAGAAAAGUGGCAGUGUAAAAGGAACAGUAAGAGGAAGUGGUGAUGACAGGCACUACGUACUCAGCUAUGUGAAUUUUGAUGAUCAGGGAACAUACACUCAGCGGAACUACUGGGACAAAGUGACUUAUGUCGCCAAAGUAAAGGUUUUUCCUAAAAAAUACACAAAGGAUUGUGUGGCUGGUGAGACUCUCAACAUUUUACUGGAAGGUAUUAAGAGGGAUGAUGCCAGUCUGAGAUUCUCCAACCAAGAUGUGAACGUCAUGCUGGUGCAGCGAGGCUUACCUGCGCAUAAUCUCCUCGACUUCUCUGGACGCAUCAGAGUGACCACUAGCAGUAUCCAGGUUCUGAAUGUCAACGUGUCAGAUUUGGGCAACUACACUCUCUUUGAUGGUCAAGAUCGUAAGGCUAUUACCGUCAGGUUGAACUUGGUUGAUCAUCAUGAAGGCAUUAAUGCAAGUCCUCUCAUGGCUCUUCUGCUGCUGCUGGGCAUACCGGCCGGUAUUUGUUGUUGCUGUAGGAAGAGAAUCUUUAAAAAGAGCAGCCAGUCCACUGCCAUGACUACAGUCUUGACCCAAAACGUCUCUCCCCCUCCUGGACCCCCACCUGCUUACAGCAACCCCGUGCCUCCUGCAGGCCCCAACCCUAUGUACACUCCUGGUUAUCCCACUGAUGGUGCGAGUAUGAUUCAUCCUCCUCCUGCUGACCCUUCGUUUCCUCCUCAGCCACAGUACGGUGGGCAACCUGCUAUGCCCCCUAACCCUAACCCCAACUGUCCACCUGCAUUUGGAUAUCCACCUGCCCAGCCUGCUCAGUGGACUGGUCCUCCAUAUAACUCGCCUUCUUCUGCAAUGUACCCUCCUGUGUAUCCUGCUCCAGGUGACAGUGCAGUUCAUCCUCCUCCCUCUGACCCUUCAUUUCCUCCACAACCACAGUAUGGAGGACAGCCUGCCAUGCCUCCUAACCCUGCUUUUACUCCAGUGAUGUAUACUGCCCCUCCUGGCUCUCAAAACGAGGGAAACAAAGGGGAUAUAAAGAUGAACGAAAUAUCUUCUGCCACUCCUCUGCUUGGACCUUCUAAUCUUGAGGUGGGACCACCUCCAGCCCCUCACACUGGCACGGACAUCCUUACCUCCUCUAACUCCGCUGCGCAGUUCAACAUUGACGCAGGAAAGAGCUCUUCUUACAACUUCCUGUAGUUCAGCCUCCUUAACCUCCACACAGUCUUCAGUGAAAGAGGCAGGAGCAUGGACAGCCGUCCUUUCAUGAUAGAGUGUAAUCUUAGUCUUUGAAGUGAUAUUCAGGUUCAUAAGUGGAAAGCUGGGUGUUCACUCGUGUCUGAUGAAGGGAUUGUGCUGUGUAGGAACACUUGAAUUCCAAUCUUGUUUUUUUUUAUUAGUAGGAUUAAACAUAUCAGGGUCUGCAGAUAGAGUGCUGGUUCAUAUAGUGAGGAGCUGGUUUUGACUGGUGUGUCAAUGUUAAACUCAGUGCUGCCUUAAACUGAACCUGUUCACUAGCAGUUUUAGAACAUUUACUACUUUCCUUGUAUCAUUUAAAAGAUGCAUUACACAAUUAUUACAAUAUGAACCAUUAAGUAAUGUGUAUAGUAAUUAAGUACUGCACUCUACUAGUUGUUUCUGCUAAGUCUUCCACUAAAUGUAAGUUGUAUUCAGUACCAGCACUAAGAUCUUUCUGCGCCAAGCAGUUCGGUGCUUCUCCUGCUCUAACAUCUGCUAAAUAUUAAGCCAGAGUUGAAUGAAGAAUGAAAGAAAAGGGAAAACAAAAUAGCCAUUGCAUUAAAACAUAUGAGUUAAUAUCCACACAUCCAGAAAUAUUCAGAAUAUACUGUGCUAUAAUAAUAAUAAAACAAUAAUUAAUAUAGACUAUAGAUUAUUUUUUCCCUUGUUGGCCAUUUCCUCCACUUUUUUUUUGCUAAAAUUUGAUGAACAUUUGGUUCAGAUUUAGAACUGCAUUUAAGAACAUUCUCAGUGUUUAAGUUUUUUUUUUGGAAGGAGCGCUUUUUUGAGUCCAGCCCCAGGGCUGCAGAGUACAAGCCCACUGCUACUGCUGGGCAUUAAUGAAUUAUUAUGAUUUUAUAUUUUAUCUAUUUUUUAUGUGUUAGCCCAUAAAUGCAGAAGGAAGGUGUGGAGCUAAUAGUACUGCUAGAAAGCUGAAUAUCGUAUUGCAGCUGUAUAACUGCAGUAACUGUCUUCAGAUAGUCAUUACAGUGGUGAGACUGGAAACUCAAUCAGCAGACAAGACAAGACCUUUAUUAGUCCCACAGCGGGGAAAUUCACAGAUGUGAGGUGAACAAGCUAAAAGGUAAAGUUAAUAGCCACCUGGCUUUUAGAAACCCUGCCUCAAUUUGUUUCCUUUUCUUUGGCUUAAAGGGUAAAAAACCUGGAAUUGCUGUUUUCUUUAUGAUUCAGAUUGACGACAAGUAUGAGUUAUGUUCAUUCUAGCCUGGCUCUAUUGAUCCGCCUGUAGCCCAGUGGCUUAGCGGUCAGUAUUGGUUGGCACCACCGAGAUUCCUAAAGGUUGAUGUAUUUGUGUAAUGCGUACAGGGUGCUGUAGUAAGAGAACAUUUAAUGAGCGAAAACAUGCAAAUGAUGUAAAAUCAUACAUUCUGUUAGGUGAGGCUGAAGGACAUGAGCAGUACAGAGUAUACUGAAUAAAUAACAUUAAUCUGUGAUUUUAGGAUGAAAUGCCCUUUUAAGUAGGAAGACAACACAUUCAUUCUGUUUCGCUCAUCGGAAGCUUUUCUUUCUGAGUCAUCUAAGGAAGAGUGAUGUCUCCAGUGGGCCUAUAGCACAUUUUAUAGGUUUUAACAGGGACGUGUGCUGACCUUUUCAUAUCUGCUUUUUAUGGCAACACAAAUGUGUAUUAGUCUUGUUUGCUGGAUAAAGGGAAACUUUUUGUUUUUUGACUCUGAAA